AUGAUACAAGGCAUACACAACUGUCGGGAGAAUUCAAGGAGUGCUGUGAGCAAGUUCAAGGAUGGCAAGUUGACUUGGAAGCAUCCUGCUGACGAUUUCCAAACAGUCGCCUUCCCUCAAAUGUCCUCUCCCGAAACAUGGAGCAAACCCGGUAGCCAAAUUGUUGUCAGCGGACACAUCGGUCGAACGAGAAAGGUCGGCAAGAACCUAGCCUUUGCCCAUUUGGAGCGCAACGGAGAACGAAUCGGACAGGUCUGCGCAAAAGGCGAGAACGCGGCUCUUCUGGGCAAGAUUCGCCCCUUCAGCGCGGUUCUGGCCAAGGGUGUUGUGACGGAGGCAUCGGGUGCCACACGAUUCGAGAUGGACAUGGAGUCGAUACAAUAUCUGAAUCCUUUUCCCAAGGACAUCAUUAUUGGUCCCGAUACGGUCUUCCCUCCCGAACAACGCCACUUGCAGCUGCGGUUCCACGAGAAACUGAGAGAAAGACUCCGCUUCCGCGCCCAGCUCAAGUCCACUAUGGGACAGGCGAUGGUGGACCGAGAGUUCAUGGAUGUUGAGACGCCGAUCCUGUUCAAGUCCACCUCGGAGGGCGCCAGAGAGUUUAUUGUUCCCACGAGACGACCAAGAUACGCCUAUGCUCUGCCACAGAGUCCCCAGCAGUACAAGCAGGUUCUGAUGGCAUCUGGCAUGGGAGGUUACUACCAGUUUGCGCGAUGCUUCCGCGAUGAGGACCACCGCGCGGACCGCCAGCCCGAGUUCACUCAGCUGGAUAUGGAAAAGUCCUUUGCGACGGGCAAAACCAUCAUGGAGGACGUCGAGUACGUCGUUGGCCGUGCAUGGGAUGCUUUGAGAGAACAAUACGUCAUGGAGGUCGGCGAAGAGUCGUUCGCGCCUGUCAGGAAAGCAUCAUUGCAGGACUGGAAGCAAAGCGUCCAAGAAAGCGCCGAGGACAACGCCAAAGCACCCAUCUACCAAGAAUACCCCACGAUCUCGACGCCCUUCCUGAGGAUGAAGUAUACUGACUGCAUGGACCUCUACGGAUCGGACAAGCCGGACCUGCGCAUUCCCAACAGAAUAUGCCGGGUUGACGAGCACCUUAACAAGGACUUUAUCAGCAUGAUUACUGACCUUGAGGCACCGAUCGUUGAGGUCUGGAAGAUCAGCCCACAUGAAGACGUUGACAGACGAGACGUGUGGAAGUUUGUGAUCGACUUCAUGGAAAAACUCCCGAAGGUGCUGUCCCAGAACCCUGACGGCGCACCCACAGCUUUGGUGUUUGACAGCAGCAAACCGCUCAACGGCUUCUCAGCUCUGGGACCGGAGGGGUUGGACAGCAUCCUCGGUUCUCUCCCUGAGGACUCUGGCUUCUCGUCGCUGAACAACGGCGACAUCGUCUUAUUCCAGGCUCGUAAGAACCAGCCUCAGCAAGGUGGCUCGACCAAGCUCGGCGACACGAGAAUUGCGCUGUAUCACGCUGCUGUGGAAGCCGGCCUACUGGACAGGGACGACAGCUUCAAGUUCCUCUGGGUCACCGACUUCCCCAUGUUCACUCCGGAAGAGGAGGGCGACGUCGGGCAAGGCGGGGCAUCAGGCUUCUCGGCCACCCACCACCCCUUCACGGCCCCGCACUCCGAAGAGGACUUUGAGCUCCUCUUCAAGGACCCGCUGAGGGCGAAGGCCGACCACUACGACCUCGUCCUCAACGGCGUCGAGCUCGGCGGCGGCAGCCGACGUAUUCAUAUUGCCGAGAUACAGGAGUUCAUCUUCCGCGACAUCUUGAAGAUGAGCCAGGACAAGAUCAAGGAGUUUUCGCACCUGCUCAAGGCGCUGCGUGCCGGGUGCCCGCCACACGCGGGCUUUGCCAUCGGUUUCGACCGCUUCGUUGCUGUCUUGAGCGGCUCGUCGUCCGUCCGGGACGUCAUUGCAUUCCCGAAGAACAACAACGGCGUGGAUGAGUUCGCCGGAGGCCCUGGGAAGAUGACGAAGGAACAACUCGAGACGUAUAACUUGCAGUUCCGCAAGAAGGAUUGA